GCGUGGGAGACUCCGUGCGCCCAGACGCCCGCGCCCGCCCCGCGAGCCAGCCCGGAGCAGAAGUCUCGCUCCUCCGAAGCGCACCUGGCCAAGCGAGACGAGCUCACUUGCGGGGACGGGGGCUGCUCGGUCGGCGGGCACCGCCAGUUGGGCGAAUCUACAGGAAGAUUUUUUGGUGGUAUAUGUUGUCAUUAUGAGAUGUUGUCUCUCGGUGCUUCAUUUGUGCAAAUUAAAUUCGAUGACUUGCAGUUCUUUGAAAACUGUGGUGGGGGAAGUUUUGGGAGUGUAUAUCGAGCCCGAUGGAUAUCUCAGGACAAGGAGGUGGCUGUGAAGAAACUGCUUAAAAUAGAGAAAGAGGCAGAAAUACUCAGCGUGUUGAGCCACAGAAAUAUCAUUCAGUUUUAUGGAGCUGUUAUUGAACCCCCAAACUAUGGCAUAGUUACAGAAUAUGCUUCUGCUGGGUCAUUGUAUGACUAUAUUAAUAGCAACAGAAGUGAAGAGAUGGAUAUGGAUCAUAUAAUGACCUGGGCAAUGGACAUAGCUAAAGGAAUGCAUUAUUUGCAUAUGGAGGCUCCGGUCAAAGUAAUCCAUAGAGAUUUGAAAUCCCGGAAUGUGGUUAUAGCUGGUGAUGGAGUAUUGAAGAUUUGUGACUUUGGGGCUUCAAGGUUUCACUCCCAUACAACACACAUGUCUCUUGUUGGUACUUUUCCAUGGAUGGCUCCGGAGGUUAUCCAGAGUCUCCCAGUAUCAGAAACAUGUGACACAUAUUCGUAUGGUGUGGUUCUCUGGGAGAUGCUAACAAGGGAGGUCCCCUUUAAAGGCUUGGAAGGAUUACAAGUAGCUUGGCUUGUAGUAGAAAAAAAUGAGAGAUUGACCAUUCCAAGCAGCUGUCCUGGAAGCUUUGCCGAGUUGAUGCUCCAGUGUUGGGAAGCAGACCCAAAGAAGAGACCCUCUUUCAAGCAGAUCAUUUCAAUUUUGGACUCCAUGUCAAAUGAUAGCAAUCUUCCAGACCAAUGCAACUCAUUCCUGCAUAACAAGGCAGAAUGGCGGUGUGAAAUCGAGGCCACUUUGGAGAGGCUGAAGAGAUUGGAACGUGAUCUGAGCUUUAAGGAACAGGAACUUAAGGAAAGGGAAAGGCGCUUGAGAAUGUGGGAGCAGAAGCUAACUGAACAAUCCAACACGCCGUUGCUGCCAUCAUUUGAUAUCGGUGCAUGGACUGAAGAAGAUGUGUAUUUUUGGAUGCAACAGCUCACUGAAAAAGGUGAUACAACUGGAGAUAUGAGUAACUAUGCCAGCUUGUUUAAAGAGCACCACAUCACAGGAAAACGCUUACUUCUUCUGGAAGAAGAGGAUUUGAAGGACAUGGGAAUUGUUUCCAAAGGACACAUCAUUCAUUUGAAGACUGCCAUUGAGAAGUUAAGUCAGGAUUUCUUCAACAUGUUUCAUUUUCCACCUCUGAUUAAGGAUUCUGUUGCUGAAAAUGAGGCCAGUGAGGAGAAGGUGCUGAAUCUGGAGCUUGUGUUUGGCUACCAUUUAAAACCUGGAAAUGGUCCUCAGGAUUGUAAAUGGAAAAUGUAUAUGGAGGUAGAUGGGGACGAAAUUGCAAUAACUUACAUUAAAGAUGUGACAUUUAACACUAAUCUACCUGAUGCUGAGAUUUUAAAAAUGACAAAGCCUCCAUUUGUGAUGGAGAAGUGGAUUGUGGGGAUAGGAAAAGAUCAGACUGUUGAAUGCACAGUGACUUACGAGGCUGAUGUCCACACUCCCAAAUCCACCAAACAUAUCCAGCAGGUGCAAUGGAGUCAGGUGAAACUGCAGGAUGAAGUGAAAUCAAUACAGCUGAAAAUACAGACAUCUCUCCCAAACUUGGAAGGCGACCCUCGGAGUAGAUCCAAUUCUAGUAUUGACUGCCAGUGGAUGAAUGCACUGAAAAUGCACCGUGUGACAAGCAGUCCUUCUCUCCAGCAUUCCCGCCCCCACAGUCCCAACAACUUAACCCAUUUUUUACCCUACCUUCACAAUCAAGACACUUACGCUGCUGCUGUGAGGCGGACUCCAGCGCCCACUACCUAUCAUAUUACCCCACUUAAUCAGUCAAGAAGCUCAUCACCCACAACCUAUUUAUCAUCUUUACAUCUGAAUUCCAAGGGAAGCAACAGCUCCAGUGCGACUUCUGAUAGUCCAUCAGAAAUGGGCAGCUCUAAAACCAAAAGCAGGAAUAACUAUCACAGCAGCGUCUCUCCUGGUGGGUCCACAGCUGGAAAGCGUUUUGUAAGAAACUCAACAGCUCAAGGGACCAUGAGAAAUGCUGGGAAAUAUCCCAGGUCUUCCCAGUCAACCUUCAAUCAAUAUCAACAUCUGCCGAGAUCGCACGAGAAAAAACACACUCAUUACCCGCAGCAGCUCAAAUCAAUACCAGGGAUGCCCUUGAAAACUGAAACAGAAGAAGAAGAAGAAAGCAAAGUCAAUGAAGGUGGAUGGGUGAAAGUCAAUUAUUCAAAGAAAUCUUACCGACAUACUGUUGGCAAACAAAAUAAAGAGAAAUCAAAAGACACUGGAACGCUUCAGAAAAAGUCCCGCUGAUGCUCUUUCAGAAUGGGUUUUAUUUUUUAUGGCACAGAACACUAACUUUCCAUGGAGAAUGUUUCAAAUUGUUCUUAAAAUAGCUUACAAUGAAUAUGAGAAUGGGUGGCCUGCAACAGAAAUCAUCUGGGAGGAAUGCUGUUAGUGCAGCCUUGGGUGCUGAUGGAUACAGUUUUAACGCAUUAUAAGCCCAAUAUAGCCUCCUGCCUGAAUCAAAGAAUAAGAUAGCAAUCCUCCCUUCCCUGUGAAACCACACCACCUGACAGCAGCUGGGUAGUGUUACUGGGCCUGAAGCAAGCUAUCUUAGGUGCCAGGAGGAAUGCAGAGGGACUACAGUCCCAGCCCCCAAAAUCUGGUGUCUGAGACUCCACCGAAAUGGUGGAGCUGAUCAGGCACUAAAGGUUCUGUUUCUUUAGUUUGUCUGCUUCUAAUCAGGUACUUUUUACUUAAGCUUAAUAUUUCCAUUAGCAUUCUAUUAUAGAUCACUAUGCUUUGUUAUUUCCAAUACUCUGAUCCAGUACUGAGACAGUGACAAAAAAAUUACUGCUUAAACCUACAGAUGAUGACUGAAGUAGUCUACUGGAUUAUUUUCUCCUUGGCUUGAUUUCUUAGCAGCACCUCCAGGUUACUACAUCAAUCCUCCAUUUAGAGAUAAGCCCCAUCUACUUCCAUUGGAAUUAUUUUUAUGGUUAGGGAAAAGUAUAACAGCUUCUACAAAGAACAAAAAUAUUACAAUAAGAAAAAAGGCCUUGAUAAACCUCAUUUGUUUUUGAUACAACUAUUUAUUAACAUAAGGUUAACCCUCAGACUGUCUAUUGUCUUCAAAUAAUAAAAAGAAACACAAUACUUAUUCAUAUAUUUUGCAAUUCCAUUGAAACUGAAUAUUUCUUCGUUUUCCUGGACAUAUCUACAAGAAAGGAAACUCCAAUGUGUUAAAUAGGAUUUUCUUUGAAGUAAAGGAUUAGGUGACAUGAAAUUCGCCUGUUUCUCCAAUUGCAAUUUUCAUAAAUGCAAUGACACUAUAUAAAUAUUAGAUUGUGUUUAGAUAAAUAAAUAAAACUUAACUCCUAACUUACACACCCUUCAUCUUUUGAAUUAUAAGGAAAGGGAAAGAUUUGAAAAAGCAUUGUUUAAAGUAAUCUGUUACUUAGCUGAGGAAGCAAGGAAUAAAGACGUCUUAUUUAACAAAUCUUUUCCUCUUCUUCAUACAGUAGCAGAUUUUUAACAAUAGAAAAGUAAACCACUUCAGCCAGCAGUAAAACUAGAGUUCAUUUCUCAUUCAAGGAGCUAUUGCUUUGAUUGACUCAGGUCUCUCAUAUUUCUAGGAAGAAGAGUGGUCUCCUAGGGGUCGUGCAGGUGCUCCUUAUUUGUUCAGCAGGUAAUCGGAGGAAAGAAGCUUUAUGGAUGCAUGUAUUUACUUACUAGAUUUAUAUGGCUGUCCACCUCACAUAAGCGGCUCUGGGCAGCUAACCCAAUAAAAACAUCAAUAUAAUAAGGAUACAAUAAAUAAAUCAUACAAAACAAAAGCGCAAACCAGUCAAUAACAAAGAGAUUCAACCGACAGACUCAACUCCCUCCCGACCCCCAUGCCUGAGAGAAAAGCCAUGUCUUAAUGGCUUUAUGAAAGGCUAGCAGGGUUGGAGAUAAUCUAAUCUCAAAAGGAAUAGGAUUCUAGAGAGCAGGUGCUGCUACAGAAAAUGCACAUUUCCAAGAUCCCACCGGAUGACAUUCUUUAAUUGAUGGGACCUAGAGUAUACCCCUUCAGCCAGGUCUGAUGGGUCAGGUAGAGACAACUAGACAGAGGCAGUCUCUCAAAUAAUGUGGCCUCAUAUCAUCAAGGACUUUACAGGUGACAAUCAGCACCCUGAAUUGCACCCAGAAGCCUAUUGGGACCAGUGCAGCUUGCAAAGCAAGUGUGUAACAUGGACAUACCAAGGCAUGCCUUAAUUGCUCACUGCUGCAUUCUGGACCAACUGCAGCUUUAGAUGUUCUUCAAGGGCCGAUGUAUGUAGAGCAUAUUGCAGUAGUCCACAUGGGAGGUGACCAAAGCAUGAGUGACUGUACACAGUGUCGCCUGAUCCAGGAAAGUGUACAAUAGGUACACAAAACAGAAUUAUGUAAAAACUCUCCUGGCCAUGGCUGCCACUUGUUCCUCGAACAGGAACUGUGAGUCCAGGAGGACCCUCAAAUUGUGCACUGGUUUCGUCUGAGGCAGUGAAACCCCAUCCAAAACUAAAGCUGGAAAAUCACUGGAUCCAGCAGGCCCUAAAACCUUGGAUGGAGUUGAAACCUAUUCUUCCCCAUCCAGUCCUCCACAGCAUCCAGCCACCAAGGCAGAACCUUCACAGCAUCACUUGGGUAUCACCAAGGCAGAGAUGUACAAUUGGGUAUCACCAGCGUACUGAUGAUACCUCACUCCGUGCCACUGAAUGACCUCAUCAGCAACUUCAUGUAGAUGUUAAAGAGGUGUGAGGAGAAUGUCAAGGAACUCUGCAAAAAAGAGGACAUGGGCUUGACUUCUCCCCAACCCAUCAACACUGACUGCAACCAACUGUGGAGGAAGGGGGGAGAACUAGUGCAAGGCUGUGUCCCCAACUCCCAACUGCUGGAGCUGAUCCAGAAGGAUACCAUGACUGAUGGUACUGAAAGCUGCUGAGGAAUCGAGAGCCAGGAUGGAUACAUCACCCUCACGCCCCAGAUCUUGGCCCUUGCAAUUCCUAGUUGUUGUCUUUGAACUCAUGAGGCCCCGAUCACAUCCCAUGAAAAAAACAGGUUUAGGGUCUGAAAGAAAAAAAAGAAAGAGAAAAUAAUAAUUAUAAAUAAUUGAAAUAUAACUGAGUAUGUGAGAGUUAUGCUUAUGUGCUGGGGUACCUACCCUCAGAAUUUAUCAGCUCACUAUAGUUGAUUAUCAAGAUGUACAAACAGAUUCCAGGCCUCAGUAGCCACGAAGAACAAAUUUCACUCCCUGUGGUUUAAGCACGUGCUUCUUUCACCUCAAAUUCCUGUUCCCGUUAAAAUACCUUCAGAUUUACUACACCCACCACUUCAAAUCCAGCCAUACGACUCAAGAGAACCCCCUCGAAGCUCUAGACGUACUUGUGUCAAGGGAUGAGAAUAAGAUAAGCUUCUGGUAACCCUUAUUUGCAGCCUUUUCUCACCUACGCAACACCUAGGUUGCAACGGAUGCUAAAAGUGAAACUAAUGUAUGCUGCUGUGGGUUGAGUGGGCGGAUGUUUGCAGCAUCUUAAUUAACAAAUAGGCACACAUUGCUUGGCUGCCUUCACUCAGGAAUCUAAAUAUGGAUCAAGGGGCAGAAAGAACAUAUCUAUCUUAACACAACUGUGAAGUCCCCGCGCCACCGUGUUGCCAAAAUGAUCAAGACUGCCCCUGUCUAGCAGUUACCUUAAGCACUGCAACCUUCUGUAACCAAAGAUUAGACAGUAUUAAACUUCAGACCAAACAUAAACGGUUGUGGUUUCAUUUAAUCUACGGCAAAAAGAUCAGAAUUCCUGGUACCUGUAACCCACCUUUGUCGCUUAGUGGGAUAGCAUUGUGUGCACCUUUGUAUUUUAAGAAAACCUUCCUAUUUCAUAAUGUUGUUCUUUUCUUUCACUGUUAGUAGCCUAAAAUAGCAGCCUCUCACUGCUUAGGAAGUGAUGCCGGGUAGCUCUGUCAAGCUAAUUUAUAUGCAGACUAUUAUGUCAAUAAAUCCACCCUCUUCCCCACAUGAAAGUUGU